AUGGCGGACAACGAGGAGACCGCUGACAACAAAGCACCCUCGCCCAACCUCUACUUCAUCAAGGAGGCGCGAGUGGCGUCUGUACCACAGCCUUUGACGGGAAGCCACGACCUCAUGUCAAUCUUCAAACUUCAACCACUCUACGACCAAUACGUCAAACAGAAACUGCCCAACAACGAGGACGUGCCCCCAAUCGAACCAACAUAUUUCCCAUUCAUCAAACACCUUCCAGGAAAGAAUGUCAUACGGCCUGGAAACUACAUUCGACAGUUAUUGGAAGCGCCAGAGAAGACCUACCAGCCCAUUCAUCAGUUCUCUUCAUCUACACUCAGAGACGCCUUCAGUCUUCGGGUCGGGCCCGUUCCUGGAUUUGAUGCAUCUGUCUUGGGCACAGAUGAGGGAGCAGGAUACAAACAGGCAAUGAAAAAUUUGGCAGCGGUAGCACCAGCUGCAGGAUCAGCGGCGCCGGCAGGGUUAGCAGGAGCAAACAACUCGCUCAGACCAAGCAGCGCGGCACAUGGGCAUGGCGUUGCUGGAUACGCAGAUCCUUCUUCUUCAGUACCGACGAGCGGCGAUCCAACGGCGCAUUCUUCUCACGGCCACAGUUCUCAUCAUGGACACAGUUCUCAUCACGGGUCAAAAUCAUCCACAUCAUCACCCUAUGUUGACAAGGCAGAGCGAGCAGAGGAUGGUAGCCGUGAGCACAGGCACAAGAAGAAGGUAUGA